CUCACAAUGCUCCUAGAAUUUGCCAGUCUACAUGCAAAUUUUCCACAACGUUCAUCAACAUGUGGUUGGAAAAUAACAUUUGAGCGAGAGCAUAUGUUCUAUUUCGACGAGGGCGUUUCUAAUAGUGGUGUUUCUUGGUGUCCGGGCUUGUACAUAGACAAUACUAGAGAAAAAGAUUAUGACGAGUAGACGUACGCUCAAUCGCACGGUCGAACUCAUGCUGACCAUGUUCGGUUACUGGCCAGGUAUAUCAUGCGUGCUAUUCUACAGAAUGUUUUGGAUGAUAACACUAGCAAUUACUGAAUACUUUCAUUGCCAGUACCUUGCAAUGCAUUUUCGUUUCCUUAAUCUUUUCGACUUGAUGGAUUGUUUGAGUAGCUUCUUGGCAUUUAUAAAAAUGUCUUUUAGGCUCUUUAUUUUCUGGUUGAAACAGCGGACAUUUUUCGAAAUCUUAACGAUGACGGCAGAAGACUGGAAUGAUUAUGAUAACACUGGCGUUGAGUUGCGCGAAACGGCAAGGAAAGCAAAACUAUCGAGUUAUAUUUGCAAUGGAAUAAUUAUUCUUCAUACAAUCGCCUCGCUUGCAUACGUCAUUGGCAUUAUCCUGGCCGAUGCCGACGUCACCGAUCAAACGGCUGAACUGCCUCUUAUUUUAAAAAUGGAAUACCCCUUCGUUAUAGACACGCAACGAAAGUACAGACUGGUAUUAGCUACGCAACUCAUUUUCGUGAUGGUGGGCAGUUGGGGAGCUGGUUUAUUCAACGCCUUGUUUCUGACUCUGACUCUACACGUGGGCAGUCAAAUAAACAUCCUGCUUUGCUGGUUGAGGGAAGUCGGAUCUAAAGAUAUCGAGAUAACGCAUGACUCAUUCGUUACUACCAUGAUAAAAAUUGUUCGGAAACAUCAAAAAAUUAUCAACCUCUCGGAGAACAUUGAAAAUCUUUAUUCAUAUAUCGCUUUGUUGCAAUUCACAUCAAAUAUGGUAAUGAUUUGCUCAUUGGGAUUUCUCACUGUAACCGCUAUCGGAAGCCCCGACGCCACUGAAAAAAUUGUGAGGUCUCUUUUAUUUUACACUAUAACUAAUCUCGAAGCGUUUAUAUUUUGCUUCGCUGGAGAAUAUCUUAGCAAUAAGAGCAAAGCGAUCGGAAACGCAGCGUACAAUUCUGCUUGGUAUGAUAUGAAAGCUAAGGAUAGUCGGGUUCUAUUGUUUAUCAUUUUAAGAUCGCAGAGGCAAUUGCAGUUUACAGCGGGCAAGAUGGCUGUUCUCUCCUUCGAAUACUUCACAACUAUCAUGAAGGCCUCGGGAUCGUAUUUAUCAGUAUUGCUGGCAAUGAAAUAAACGCCUUGAUAUACAUAAUAAAUAUUUUUUUAAAUGUAUACCUUUAGAUCAACGUAAUAUACACAGUUAAUAACUGAUAUAAUGAAAACCGUAACAUAAAAAUCGUGAUAUUCUUUUCGCUAGUGUGAGCCGAAAUAUGUGUACCUAUACGGUUUUUGUGUAGAACACAGCUUUUUAAUCCUCCAAAUAAAUUUCCGUGCAUAUGAACACAUUGGUCACCGCUGCACAUGUUAUUUUGCUUAUGCACUCUAUGUUGUUGAUUUCUUGUAAAUAUCACCAUCGCACACAGAUACGCUGCGAAUUGCAUGCGAGAAAACGCACAUACUUUCGUAACGGUUGGGUUUCUUCACUGUUUCUCCACUGCUCCGGUGCAUGAGGUUCGAAACUUUUCCGAAGUACGCUGAAAUACGACUGACUGUCGGCCGUGCACGUCGCCGCGAUCGCGUUCGCACGAAUCAUUGCAUAUUUAAAUACG